UUCCGUUGAUCAUCAUCUUCUUCCAAUCAAUCAAUCAAUCAAAAGAGAGAGAGAGAGAGAGAGUCUCUCGUGGAUUCAGAAUCUCUCCUUCGGUCAAAUUCAUAUUCUUCCUCUCUCUCUCUAUAUAUAUAUAUUGGAGUUUCUGAUGGUAGACAGCUAUAGUAACCUCUCGUGGCUCGUAUGGAUCCAAAUGUUCGUCUUCUUCCUCCUCCUACUCCUCCUCUGCGUCUUCGGAUUGUUAUCCUCAGAUAUCAGCGAGAGCAGUGUCUCAUCUUCCGAUUCACUUCCUUCUACGUCCGCCUCUGGGAGGUUUCUUUCUGGAGAUCCGAUCCCGAUCAGCCACCACCGUGGCUUGGGGUUCUCCGUAGUACAGUCUAAUCAGAUGGGAAGUUCUCAGGCCAUAAAAGGAGAGAUAGCACUAGCUGAGACAAGGAGAGUCAUGAGAACAGAGGAAGAGGAAAGUUCUUCUGAUGAAGAUUCGAGUAGUAGUAUUUUGUAUCAUCCUUGUAAUUUGUUUCAGCUUGCUGGAACCGCAUUCCUUAAGUGUUUUGGGCUUGACCGGAGUACAGAAGAAACUGAUGAUUCUCUGAGACCUGAAUCUAAGAAACAGAGGUGAUCCAAGUUCUUGUGAAUAUAGAAGAAGAACAUACACGUUUUUAAUAUGUGUUGUUGAUGCGUAGCAUUAUUGAGUAGGAGAGAAAUGAAGAAACUUGUAACUAUAUGGAAAGGUUAUAUUGUUGGGGUUAACGCGAACGAGUUAACUCAGUGAAUAACUGUGGGUUAAAAUAUUUUAAAUGCGUUUUUUUAUAUCGGUGGUAC